AUGCCUGUUUAUGUCACCAACUUAGGCAAAACUAACCCGAUCAUCCUCGGCAUCCCGUGGCUGAAACUCCACAACCCGACAUGCUUCUGGACAGAGAUGCGCCUGCCAAGGAGAACACCUCCCCCGACCCCCACGACCUCCUACAGAAAGACCACUGUCGAGGACGUGCCAGACGAAGAGUUCACUACGAAACGUGCCCACCCCGACGGAGACGAACUCCUUAUACAAGUAACGCCAAAGCCAGCUGGGCCUGCAAAACGGAACGUUUCACCCUCACCCGUCGUCCUCAGUGCAGGCAGUAGGCGCCCAACGCAACGCCGACGACCCACACCCAUUCUGAAGACAGCAGGACGCCCUAGAAACAUGAAGCUCGACACAAACGACAUCCGAUGCGUCCAGGCAAUGAACUUUUUGCAAUUUUGUAAGCAAGAAGGCUCCUUCGCCACAACCACAACUCUCGCCGAGCUCCGUCAGCUCGUCGAGGACGAGGAGAACCUUGACAUGUUACAAGAGCUUCCACGGGGCUCUUUGUUGAGAGAUCCCUCAACUCAAAGAAACCUCUUUCAGGCGGAUCAUGACCGGGGACUACACGUUAGAAGAUGCCAAACGGGUGUUCGACCCUUCCUAGCGGAGAAGCCCCGGCCAACAGCCGAAGAUAUCAAGAGCCGCCUACCGGCGGAGUUUCACCACCAUGUGGAGCAUUUCCUGCCAAAGAACGCAGAGACACUACCACCACACCGGCACUGGGACCACAAGAUUGAACUCGUGCCAGGAAAGCAGGCCCCGUACUCUAAAAACCGCCCGUUCUCCCCUGAGGAACUCCGUUGCAUCAAGAAAUGGAUUGAUGAGAAUUUAGCCAAGGGCUGGAUUAGAGCGUCUUCCUCACCUGCAGCGGCGCCACUCCUGCUCGCCGCCAAGCCCGGAGGUGGGAUCCGGAUUUGCCAGGACUACCGCGGACUCAACGCGGUCACCAUCAAGAACAGAUACCCGUUGCCACUCAUCCGGGAAACCCUCGACUCUCUCUGCAACGCCAAGUUCUACACCAAACUGGACGUUAUAGCAGCGUUCAACCGCGUGCGUGUCGCCCAAGGACACGAGUGGAUGACGGCCUUCAUCACCCGUUUCGGCCUUUACGAGAGCCUGGUCACCCCCUUCGGACUUUGCAAUGCGCCUGCCACAUUCCAGAAUUACAUCAACCACCUUCUCCAUGACGCACUGGAUGUUUACUGCACAGCUUAUCUGGAUGACGUCCUGGUAUAUAGUCGGACCCGGAAGGAACACACAACCCAUGUCAACGAAGUUAUUCGGAGACUGGGUGAGGCCGGCCUCCAGAUAGAUAUCGGCAAGUCGGAAUUCUACACCCAGAAGACUAAAUACCUCGGCCUGAUCAUCUCCACAAGCGGCCUCAGCAUGGACCCCGAGAAGGUCAAAGCCAUCGUAGACUGGCAAGACCCCACGUCUGUCAAAGAACUUCAACAAUUUCUCGGUUUUGCAAACUUCUACCGCCGGUUCAUCCAGGGAUACUCGGGAAUCAUCGAACCUCUGACCCGGCUCUUGAGAAAGGAAACCGCUUGGUCCUGGACAUCCGAUCAACGCCAGUCCUUCGAGGAACUCAAGAACGCCUUCACAAAAGCCCCAAUUCUCGCCUACUUCGACUACUCCAAACGCACCGUUGUCGAGACCGACGCCUCCAACUGGGCGUCCGGCGGUGUGCUCUCACAGUACGAUGAUAACGGUAAACUGAGGCCGGUCGCGUUCUUCUCCGCGAAGCAUAGCUCCGCCGAAUGCAAUUACGAGAUUUACGACAAGGAACUUCUUGCGAUUGUCAAGGCCCUGGAGGAAUGGCGCCCGGAGCUCUAUGGAACGAGGGAAUCUUUCGAAAUCUACACAGACCACAAGAACCUACAGACCUUCAUGACCACGAAACAACUGAACCAACGCCAAGUCCGUUGGGCAGAAUUCCUGUCCCAAUUCAACUUCCAGAUCACGACUGUUUUACCAGCAGAGAAAGUACACCCGACCAUACUCGAGCAGCUGCUCGACGACGCCCGAGAAAACAACGACUCCGACCUCGUAGCAACACUGACCGCUGAGCCCGAUAACAUUGCCUUGAUCGACCUGAUCCGUGAGGGCUACGACAACGACAGCACUGCUCAGGCGAUGGUAACCGCCUUGCAAACACCCGGUGCACGACGAUGGCCAAAAGCUCUACGCCGAGCCCUCCGCUGUGAUAAAUCCGAGUGCAAGAUUAUCGACGGCUUAAUCUACUUCAGAGGCCGCCUCUUCGUCCCGGAUCACACAGGCCUGCGGCUCGCAGUCGCCCACCGAACGCACUCUUCUGGCCCAGCCGGCCACCCUGGCCGCGUCAAGACUAUCGACUUGCUCAACCGGAGUUACUGGUGGCCCGGCCUUUCCCGCUUCGCGGCAGAUUUUGUCAAAGGAUGCGCGCUAUGUUUCAGGACGAAGACACCCCGGUCCGCACCACCCGGUUUCCUAAAACCGUUGGAAGUCCCCCUCCGAGCGUGGGCGGACAUAUCUAUGGACCACAUCGUCGACCUACCCGAGUGCACCAGGAACGGCAAAACCUACAGGCACAUCCUUGUAGUAGUGGACAGACUAACCAAGAUGCGACACCUUAUCCCGGUAACAGGGCUAGACACCGACGAAGUUGUAGACAGCUUCUUGCAUCACGUCUUUAAGCUCCACGGCGCACCGGACUCGAUCAUCUCCGACAGGGGCUCCGCAUUUGUCUCCGGGGUAUGGCAACGACUCAGUGCACGCCUGAAGACAACACUACACCCGAGCUCAGCCUUCCAUCCAGAAACCGACGGCCAAACGGAGAUCGUCAACGCAAGCGUGCAUAAAUUCCUCCGAGCCUUUGUCAGCUUCACCCAAGACGACUGGGUAGACUGGCUACCGCUAGCAGAAUUUGCAAUGAAUAACCAGGUCAACGAGACAACCGGCAUCUCUCCGUUCUUCGCCAACUACGGUUUUAACCCCCGACUAGGGGUUGAGCCACCGCAGCCGCGGCCGCCUAACCUCUCCGAUCAUAUGAAGAAGGAGUACCUCCGUGCAGACGCUGUCGCAUUGCGUUUCGAGCGAAUCCUGACUCAAUUGACGGCCUUAACCAGACAAUCCCAGCAACGGUACGAGGACAACGCCAACGCCCGUAGGGACGAAGCACCAACAUUCCGCCCAGGUGACCAAGUCAUGGUCAGCCUUGAACACAUGGCAACGAACCGGCCGAAGAAGAAAUGGGACGACAAAUGGGACGGACCGUUCCCUGUGCUGAAGGUGUAUAAGGGCGCCGUCGUCGUGGACCUCCCGGACAACAUCAAGGUCGAUAAGAGCUUCCAUACCUCCAAAGUUCGCUUAUACGAGGCCCCCUCCAUUCAAGGACAAGACGAGCUCAACGCGGCGGAGCGGCGUAACGUCAAAGGAAGGAUUGCUAAACGGGACGACGAUGGGAUUAUCCAAGACGAGUGGCAAUUCGAGAAGAUCCUAGACGUACACGACGAGGACAAGGAGACAUCCGGACUUACCUACCUUGUUAAAUGGAAGCACUACGAUGAGCCUACAUGGCAACCCGAGCAAGACUUGAAAGGCUGCAAGGACGUUCUGAAACUCUUCCAUGACAAAUACCCAGAGAAGCCCGGGCCGCCUAACUGGGUAAAGGACAAGCGACCCCGCGGAAGGCCUAGGAAGAAGGUACAUUUUGAUGUUUAA